CUGUGACAGGUGGACAUUUUACCUGCAUUUUGUUCAUACAGGUGUGUGUGUGUGUGUGUGAAACAUCACUUACAAUACAACAAUUACUUACUAAUUGCAAGAACCGAAUCAUGUGAUCAUAAGUCAAUCUUUGCACUACGAAAAAUAUGGGCUCCAAUAAUAUCGAGAAUAAACCGGAAAUCGGACAAGAAGAUGCGGUACCUUCCUUGGCACAACAGUCACCUAAAAAAGGCUGGAUCAAAUUCGAGGAGGAAUCGCACCAAGAGAAUAACACCACACCUGCGGUCAUUAAGACCGAAAGUAUUCAAGUUAAUUUGGAACGUAGCUUAAGUGCCUCGACCGAAAAUGAUCCUAAUAAACCGUUGCGUACCGUCGAAUUACCUCCAGCAGCGAACGAAACCAUACGACAUGGCUUCACUAACGGGGACGUUAUAGUAACCAUUCUUCCCGUUAACACCCGAUUCCCAUGGAUUACACCUGCAAAAUUUCGACCGGAAUUAGUUCCGGAAGAGUUAAUGGCUCAGGGCUUGACCCUCACUGUCGAGGAAUACGUACAAGCGAUGGAAUUACUGGUAAAUGACGUGCGUUUUACCUUAUAUAAUGUGUGUUACAAACGCAUUCUAGUAGUAUGGAUCUUAUUAGCUUUUAUCGUUUUACUCGGAUUGUUAUUUUCCGGCUUGAAUGGCCUCGUGCUGUUUGGUUUGGGAGUGGCAUGGUUGAUAUUAAACGCGGCUGCUAUUUUUAUAUCGAUGUGGCUGAAGUUUAAGUUGGCCAGAAAUUUGGAACGAUGCUUGGCUUACGUUAAUAAGCAAUUUUUGAGGCAUAAGAUCGUAUUGGCGUUGGACGAUCGUGGCAAAUUGUCUUGUCACAAAGUGAACCUGUGCUUUUUGUAUAUGGAUGCCGGUCCGUGUAUUGCUCAUUUGCAGGGUAGUAUCGAGACCCAGGAAAGGGAGGCAAACGGUUGGGAGCAGCGGAUGGAUAUCGCUGCUAACGAUAUUGUUAUACAGGGUAGCCGUACGACGCGACUAUCACGCAAGCAGGGUCUUGCCGAGCAGGUGUUCACUCGUUACUUGCAAAGAUGGGGGAAAGACUUUUUACGCAGACGGCUGGAUUGGACGUUAGACGAAAUAACGGGAAACCCGUCGGACCCCCGACACAUUACGACUGCACUAUGCCCGUGCCAAUACAUCGAGGAGUUAUUGUUAAAUAAAGCGCCUCAUAUCGACAUACGGGAUUGUUGCCCGAUUUGGUCUAGGUUAAUGGCACGAUUAGGAAUAGAUUAAACACUUUUGUUUGUUUGUUAAACUUGAUCACUUAAUUGUAAACGUUUUUUUUUUUAAUUAUAGGAGCGAUCGACAUUGCUGUAUUUACGCUAUGUCGCUCGUUGGGGCCGUCAAGUUGUAAAAGGUAGUAUUAAUAAUUCACCGUUGGCAUGUGGCCGUCACUGUCCCAAACACCAAUGUCCGUGCCAAUUCAUCGACGAGC